CCUGUUCAGACUAUAGAUCGUUACCGGUUGGUGUAGAAAGUUCGCAGUCGCGCCACGAGUUGAGGAUUCAAGUGUAAACAUAGGCUAUGCGGAUAUGCAAGACGCAGUGAGUGAGCGUGGCACUGCUUUAGCACGUUGUUACAUCGCUUAUCGACUGGAACGAGAAGGUUUGCGGUCCGAAUACUACAAAACAGAUCGUACACUCAUGACGACUGAAGUUUUCGAGCGAAUAUGUGCGCUGGCGGACGAGGUAGAGUACCGCUAUGUGAUUAGCUUCGACGAGUUGUACAUGGACAGUCGGAUGGAUGCAGAGAAGUUUGAUGUGGUCGCGCGCGAGCUGUUCGGUUCGGGUAUUCGGUGGGGCAGAGUGAUGGCUUUGUUUGCGUAUGUUGGUGCGAUGGCCAUUCAAUGCAAAGAGAGGAGGCAGGACAACAUUCUUAGACAGAUCGGAUUGUGGAUGGACACACUAAUUCAAAAGCAGCUGAGUAGUUGGGUCAAACAGCAACCCAGGCAAUGGGAUAGCAUUGUUGAUCACUACAGAGCAUCGCCGUAUGGGAAUGUUCACUGGGCUGCAAAGCUGUUAUUAGUUGUAGUUGUGCUGUGUGCACUUGCUGUUUUUGUAGCCGCUAUGCAGGCAGUGAACCCAAGUGGCUUGUAGGAGCUAAAAUAGAUGCUAAGUCAAUAGGCUAAGCGUGCUCCGUGUGUUUGCUGCUGUUCAUGUGUCUGAUGAGACUAAGGCGUAGAUCACAUGUAUAAUGAACACAAUGCAAAGCAUGCAGUUCUAUGAUUUUGGUGACUGGUAAACACAAAUUUCGUUUUGUGUUGUACCAUCCACGUUCAUACUGGCUAAUAGAUUUGAAUAAACAAAUGGCGUUUUACACA